AUGUUUCUACUAUUGAAUGCAUUAUUAUUUAAUAUUUUUGGGAAAUUUACAUAUGGUGAUUUUGCACUUUUUGGUCGACAACCUACAGCAAUUAAUCCAACAUUAUAUAAUUCGGAAAAUGAUUUAAUCAUUCAACUUGAUGAUGUGACCUUCAAUGACACCGUCUUUUGCAUAAAUGGCAAUGAUUGUGUUGCAUAUGUUGUUGAAGCAAAUUGGUGUGGACAUUGUCGUUCAUUUGCUGAAACAUACAAAUUAUUAGCACGUGAUGUUUAUGGAUGGAAUAAAGUGGUUCGUUUAGCGGCCAUAAAUUGUGCUGAUCCAUUUAAUGAAGUCACCUGUCAAACAAAUGCUGUCCAAUUUUUCCCAUAUAUUAAGUAUUUUCCACGAAAUUCAAGCAGUGCAAAAUCAGGUAUACCAAUGGGAACACCACAAUCAGUUGGUGAACUACGAAAUUUGAUUACACAAAUGAUUCUACUUGAAUAUAAUACAAAUCGUUCAUCUGAUUGGCCAAAUUUUGAUUUUUUACGGAACAUUGAAAAAUAUAGUGAAUUAUGGCGAGAUGUGAAUGGAAAUGUACCAUUAUUGGUGAUUAUUUUUGAAGAAGGAAACGAAUCACUUAUUGGUGCUGAAUUAUUGCUUGAUAUGACUAAAUACAAUGAUCGUUUGGUUGCACGACGAUCUUUAAGGAAUCAUUCACUUGCUGAUGCUUUAUAUAUUAAAAAUUUCCCGACAAUGGUCAUUUAUAAACGUGAACAAACGAAACCAUUACUUAUUGCUGAAUUACGACGAUUAUUAUUCAAUGAAUUGGAAAGAUUUUUAAACAUAAAAAAUACAACAAAUGAAACUGGAAGAAAUAUCACACAAAAUCAAUCAGUUUCUAAAGAAGAUAUUGUAAAGUAUCGACAGAAAUAUUUUGCAUCAGAAAGAGAUAUAUUAAAAGCUGCACGAUAUGCUGUAUUUGAUGAAGUAACAAGAAAUGGUGAACAUCUUGCUGGUAAUAAUCUAACCGCUCUUCGAGAUUUCCUGGAUGUACUCGCUAAGGAUUUACCGACCAAAACAAUUUAUAACACUACCAAUAAAACUAAGGAAUUAUCGAAUAGCAAAAGAGCAGUUAAAUUUUUCGAGAAAAUGCGGGAUUAUUUAGAUCAAAAAGGAUUGCAUGAUGCGAUUCCAAUGAAGGAAUAUAAGAAAAAAUUUUUAAUUUUUGAAGAAGAAAGCAAUUUUCCGUUUCCGGUUGGGAUUAACUGGGAACAUUGUGCUGGUUCAAGUCCAAAAUUUCGGGGUUAUACUUGUGGUUUAUGGACAUUAUUUCAUGCCCUUACUAUUCAAGCAUAUAAAAAUGGUCUGAAUGAUUCCAAAUUUGUUCCAAUAACUCCAUUAGUGGCAAUUCGUAAUUGGGUGAAUCAUUUCUUUGGUUGUCAACAUUGUCGCGAGCAUUUUCUUCGUAUGACAACUCAAACUUUCCGCAUUGAAAGCCAAGUUAGUUAUUUUUAUGCUAUCAUCUCUUACAAUUCCAAAUUUGUUCCAAUAACUCCAUUAGUGGCAAUUCGUAAUUGGGUGAAUCAUUUCUUUGGUUGUCAACAUUGUCGCGAGCAUUUCCUUCGUAUGACAACUCAAACUUUUCGCAUUGAAAGCCAAGUACGUAAACCGGAAGAUGUAUUUAUGUAUUUGUGGCAAGCACAUAACAUUGUUAAUGCUCGCCUUCGUGGUCAAAAUACGGAAGAUCCGGAAUUUCCUAAACGACAAUUUCCGCCAGAUUUUUUGUGUGAUACUUGCCGAUAUGAAGGAUAUUUUGAUAAUGAUCAAGUGAAAGACUUUUUACUUAUUUACUACAGUGCUAUUAGGCCGAUUUCAGGUUAA